AGUAUCAGUACUUGCAAAAUCACUGCAUUACAUACUGCAGUACCAUUAAUGCAGGUCUGAUUGCAACCUACAAAUACAGUACAUUGUAUAUGUACAUUUACUACAUUUGUGACUGGUUUUAAAAUAGCUACAAAUUUUUUUAUAUAUAAUAUUCUUCAUCACAGCUUUUCAUAAUUACAUUUCAGGAGGUGAUACAGAGUAUAGAGGCAGACAAGCUGCGCAGUCUAGUUCUGGCUCUAUUGACAGAGAGCCAGGACUAGUGUUUGACCUCUGCGAAAGUGAGGACAGUAUUCCUCCGAGCCACAAUCCACCAUCACCAACCCCUUCGGAAGGAAUGGCACCUUCAUGGUGCAAGUGUGGAAGAUGCCGAGAAAUGGGGGCAGACAUAGACAACAAGUGCUGUGGCUGCCUGCCAAGAAAUUGCGUUUCAACAAGAGAUGAAAUGGAGAGGUUGGUGUUGGACCCCCAAGUGCUGGCUCUUGGUCAGAGUUUUUACUCAGAUAUGCUAGCUAGGAGGGGCCAGAGGGUGGAAAAUACCAACAAAACCAUGCGGUACUCAGCUUAUAGGAAUUUCACCCUCUGGCGGCACGGGCGACUUGGUGCUGGGGUACGUAGGGUUGUCCCUAGUUGCUGCGUGCUAUCCAUAAGAGCAAGGUACCCAAGUGCAACAGGGACCUACACUGGCUUUGUCCCAGGCAGAUUUGUUUGAAAUUUUAUGUUAUAAUUUGAAAAAAUAAAAACAAGUUUAAAAUAUAAGUGAAAUUUUUAUUAUAUCAAACCAUCAGUUUUUGUUCAGUACUUUAUAAACAUAUUCAAAGACAAAUGUUUGCACUUGCCCACAAUCACUUAAAUGAAUCAUAUCAAAUG